UAACAGGUAACAAGUAUUUGUAAGUGUGUCUCUCAUUGAACAAGUUAAAAAGUUGAUUUAGUUUUUUUGCUCUUUUCUCUCUCUUUCUGUCCCUCUUACUUUUUUCUCUCGGUAUAAGUGAUCAAAUAUAUACACCAAAAUAAAAGCAAAGCCCAUCGAUUUAAAAUGGAUGCCGAUUUAGGAUCAAUAAAUGACAUCUUCAUGUACGAUUCUAGUAUGGACACAGAGAUUCUCAGUCAAUCUCAAUAUGAAUGGAAUGAUUCAGAUAAUCGUGGUUACAAUGUGAUCAUUUUAAACGAUCGACUCAUGUCAGAAACCGUGCAAUCGGAACACUCAUACUUUAAUAGUGGCUCAACAUUGACUGAUGAUUAUCCAUCAAAUGAUAUAACCAUUGAAUCCCAUGGAUCAUCUUUCAAAGAUUUGGACAUUGAAUCUGAAUGUUCACCGUCCAUUCAAUGUUACCUUUUCACUGGAUUACCACCCACUCCCCCAGGAUCAAAUUCUGGGUCAGAUUGUGAAAUGUCAACACCAAGUAAUAGUAACAGUGGUAAUAGUUUAUUUCAGUCUAGCACUUUGACACCUUCAAUUCAAUCAACAACAACACCAACACUUUCAAGAGAUAAUAGUUUGUCUUCAUUAUUUGGGAUAAAUAAUCACAAUGAAAAUAACAACAAUAUUGAUAAUUUAACAAGUGAUCAUUUAAAAUCAACACCUUCACUGUUAGCAGCAGCAAUAACAACAACUAACUCAACCACAAAUAACUCAUCAACGACACGAUCAUCAACAUUAACCACCACUGGUCGGACUACUGGACGUAAAUCACGUAACAAUAAUAGCAUCUUAUCAACUCAUUCACCAUUAUCGGCAACAACAACCACCGGAUCAUCAUCAUCAUCAGUGACCUCAACAACAAAUAAUAAUUCAAAUAACAAUAAUAGUAAUAAUAAUAAUAGUAAUUCAAAUAAUAAUAAUAACAAUAAUUCAACCAAUUCACCAACCUCAACACCUUCACCAACCUCUUCAUCUUCCUCAUCAAUUUCACCAGCAUCAACGAUCUCAUCAUCAUCAUCAUCUACUUUCUCAUCUUUACCCUCAUCUUCAUCCAAUUCAUCUUCAUCUUUCUCAUCAUCUUCUUCAACCUCUUCAACAUCAUCUUCCGCUGCACCUUCACCUCUUGGUUCAUCAUCAUCUCCAUCUUCUUCACCCUUGUCCUCAUCUUCAACGACAACACCAAUUUCUUCAAUCACCCCAGUAACAUCAUCAACCACCCCCUCAGCUUCACCACCUCCACCACCAACAACAACAACAACCUCAAAUUCAACCUCCAAACGGGAUAAUUCAGGUUCGUCCAAAAAUGUCCGUAACUUGAGCACAGCGGCAGCGGUUUCGACAUUAAUAUCAGUUCAGCCCAAAAAUGCGGCCAGUGGAACUGCCGUUAUAUUAACCGAAGAAGAGAAGAGAACCUUAAUUGCUGAAGGUUAUCCAAUUCCAACACGAUUUCCAUUAACCAAAGCUGAAGAACGAAGUCUCAAAAAGAUUCGACGAAAGAUUAAGAACAAAAUUUCAGCUCAAGAAUCGAGGAGAAAGAAAAAAGAAUAUAUGGAAGAAUUAGAACGUCGAGUUCAACAAUUAGAUCAACGAGCCAAAGAAUCAGAGAGAAGAGCUCAACAAUUAGAUCAACGAAACAAAGAAUUGGAAAACGAAAAUAAAACUUUACUCCAACACUUUAGUCUAUGUAAGGCAACACAUACUCACAGCAACAAUUUAAAUGCCAAUCAACAAUUACCAUCAUUACAAACUCAACAAUUAACGACAAUAACACCACCACCAUCAUCAUCGACAAUUAAUAAUUCAACUGAAUCACUAUUAAUGUCAUUGGAUAAGGUUAAAAUUGAAUUACCAAUGAUUAAGAAAAUUAAGAUUGAACCUGAGGAAGAUGAGACAACAACGACAACGGGAUCAACUAUCUAAUAGUAACAAUUAACUUUAAUCGUCAACAAUGUUUUUGCUUUUUUUUUAAUUAUCAUGAUAAUAACUUUUUUGUCCUAUCAUUAAUUUUAAUUGUCUAAUUUUUGGGCUUGAUUGGUUAUCCAAUUGUGUGUCUAUCAUCAUCAUCACCUUCCUUACUCUCUCUCUCUCUCUUCCGACUUCAUCUUCAGAUAUAUUUAUAUUGUGAUACAUUGUGAUGAUAAUUAUGAGCAUGUUGAUGAUGAUGCAGUUAAUUUUUAAUCAACAAUCAACAAGGUAUAAUUUAUAUAUUAUGAUAUUAUGGUUAAACUUUUGCUUCUUGCUCUGACGAUGAUGAUUUUACAAACAAACAAUUUACUACAAACAACAAACCACCGCAACAAUUAACUUCCUAUUCACAAUCAACGUCUAUUUUUCCGGCAAUUAGUUAACAAUUUGGACUCAACAACCUGAUCUUUAUUAACAGAGAUAUACAAAAACUGUUAAUUAUAAUACAUUUGUUUUUCGUUUUUAAUUAUUAUUGGUGAAAGAUUAUGUUUAUUAACUAUAUUUUUAACUAAUUAUUUAUAUGCAAUCAAUUUAUAUCAUUAACUAUUUCAAACUACAUAAUAUUAAUUUAUAUUUACAAUCAAAUCAAAAACACAAAUCAACUUUAACAGAAUCUAAAUGAUGAUGAUUACGAUGACAAAUCGAAUCAAAUUUUAUGAUUUAACUGUCUACCUGAUUAAUUAACCUGGAAGACAAUCAACAAUACCACCACCAACAAUUGAAUUAACCUUUGAUUCAAAGCCUUAAUCAACAUUAAUUUAAUUACUGCAAAACUUUUCAAUGGAUUAAAGUUACCACCGAUUGGAUUAUAAUAAAUGGGAGAAACAAUUAAAAGCAAGAAAUUAAUAUAUUAUAUAUCAUAAAAAUCAUAAUUAUCAUCAUCUAAAUGAUAAUCAAAAAGAUAAUCAAUAUCAACUGUAAACAAUUAAUCAACAACUACCAACGAAAACGCAACGAUAACAAUCAAAACAAAAAUCCCAACGAUAUUUACUCUUGGAAUUGUGAAGACAACAAUCAACUAAUUGUGAACCAUUUUCUAAAUCAAUGGUGAUUAUAAUUGAUGUACUUUUAAUCACCUUUUUUUUAUCAUAAAUCACUGGAUUAUCAUCAAAAUCAAUUCUGUAAUUGAUAAACUAGAAUUUUGUUUUCCUCUCCCUCAAAUCCACUUUUAAUCAUCACGUUUUUUUACCUGAUGAUCAAGAUGAUGAGAUUAUUAAGAAACGAUGAGAAAAUGAUGAUGAUGAUUGUAAUUCAAUCCGUUUUUAUCCAUAUUGUGUUUGUUUUUAUCCUCAUCUUAUGAUAAAAUUUCCCUCCCACAAGAAUUGUAUCCACCUCAACCUCUUCCCACCUCCACCUUAGCCUCACACUUUCCACCACCGAUCACCUUUAACGACAUUGAUGAUAGAAUUGACGUUUUUUUUUGUCAUCUUCAUCUUUCCAUCCAAUUUUCAUCCUUUAUUAUUAUCAUGAUGAUGAUAAUCUGAUUCAAUGGUCCGGGUAUAAAGAGCAGAAUCCAUUUCAUCCAUGUUGUUUUUUCCCAUUGGAAGUUAUCAUUACCAAUCUGACGAUUUAAACAAUCAACUGUAAUUCAUCAACAAUCAUCACCCUCAUCAUGAGAAGCGGCAACAUUUUAAUCAUCAAUUUAUUUGCUUUUUUUCUGAUAUAAAUCAGCAACAAUCAGAAUCAAAAGUGUGAGGAUCUGAUGGUGCAAAGAAAAAGCUAAACAUGAUCAACUAAGCGUUUUCUUGGUGAUUAUAAUCAACUCUUUAACAACAGUAACUUUGUCUUCAUCAUGAUUAUCAUCUUAAUCCAUUAAUCAUCUUUGAUCAUCAUGAAAAUUAAGGUGAUUCCUUUUACAUUCCAACUCAUUAUUCACUUUUUCCCUUUACUCAUUCAUCACUUACUCUCAAUCAAUUUGUUGAUUGCUCUUAUAACAACCAUCCUUUUUAAUUUAUUAUUCUCGUAACAAUUAACUUGUUUGUAUGUUUUAAUUGACCAAUUGGUCAGUUAAUUGUCCAUUUUUAUCCCUCCUCUCUCUUUGCUGUCCACUGCAAGCAAAUCAAACCAUUGAUUGUUAUCAUUGAUUAAUAAUGGAUGAUUUUUGAAUAUGAUGAACGAUGAAUGAUCAACGGAUUAGAUUUGAUUGUUUAUCAACCUAGUCGAUGAUAUUAACAAUUAGCUAAUGAUUUGUUUUUUUCCUCUUUGAUUGAUUCCUCUUAAUGAUUAUCAUUACAAUGAUGAUAUUCUGAUGAUAGCAAUUGUAGAUGAUUUGUAGUAAUCAAUUGAUUUACUAAAGCUAUUUGUUUAUUCAAUUGUACAACUAUUAAUAUUAUCCAAGCCAAUGGUAAAUUAUUAAUUUACAAUUGUAAUUGCUAUUAUUUUACUAUCAUUAUCUUCAUUACCAACUGAUUCUUGCUCUAGUUAAUUUCAUUCAUCCAGUUUCAAUCAUCGUUAAUCAUCAAUUGUUAAUCAAAAUUGCUUUAAGGUUUUUUAUCCGGUUCAUUUUUAUCAUAAUCACAAUCACAGAAAACAUAACAAUUUAUCAACUAUUUUAAUUCUGGGCUGAAACAAUUAACUCUUAACCACAAUUAACAACUUUAAUUUAAAACAAAAAUGCCUUAACAUUUUUACCGUCCAAACCAAAUUUAAACUAAAUCAAAUCAAAACAAAUCUAAUUACAAUUCCUUAAAAAAAAAACUUUUUCCUGGUUCCCUAUUCAAUGGUAAUCAUUAAUUUCUCUCUGUCUAUCUUUGGGUUUUGUUUAAUUGUAAAACAAAUCAUCAACAAUUAGCUAAUUGUUUACUAUAUCUCACUCUGAUGAUGAUGAUUAAGAUGAUAAUGAUGAUCAAAAGCACAUGCAGACACAAUCAAACCUUUUUCAUUUUCUUCAAAUUCAUUUUUUAUCCUCAUUUGGAAUCUCUCUCUCUCUUAAUUCAAUUAACUAAUUUUUUUAAUUGUUCUCUCUCUUUCUCUCAAAAUUGUUAAUCAAAUAGAAAAUCAAAAAAAUAGAGAGAAAUCAAAUCGAAAAACAAUUAACCCAAUAUUUUUGAUUCGAUACAAGAGAUUAAGAGGAAAAUUAACUUUUCUCUGCAAUAUUUUUUCCUCCCCAAUGUUGUCUCUAUUUCUCAGCACAUUGAUUAUAAUAUUUAAAUAGAUAAUUAAUGUUAAUUGUUUUGGAAUUUAAUUUAUAUAAUAAUUUAAUUGAUUGGUCAAAGUGUUUGGUGACCAGAACAAAAAAAAACAAGACAAAGAAAAGAUAAUCAAAAGUGAUUCAAUUCUAAAUCAUCACAAAACUAAAAAGCAUCACGAUUACGAUGCUCGAAAUGUUCAACAUGGAUUUUUUUUCGUAUCGCAAAACUUAUUAACUAAUUGUAAUUUCUCUCGAUUUUGUUUUUUUUUCGGGCAAAAUUGUAUUUAUAUUAUUCUGCUUAUUUUAUGAUUUACUCUUAAUUAUCUGUGUAUAUCAUCGAGCAAUUAAUUCACAUGGGUUUCUCCUUCCUUCCUCUGUCUCCCUGAUUUUUUUUCUUCCAUCGAUGAACUUUUUUGUUUAUCCUUUUUCCCUUUCUCUCUCUAUUCCAAUUCUGGUCAAUUGCUCUGGAUGAAUACAAGAAAUACAUCUGAUUAUAUUACUGAAUAAAUUUAUGGGUGAAAAAUCUGAUUAAUUAA